GGAGACCAGACGCGGCUCCGGAUCACGAAGAGCGUCAGUGCGCAUGCGCCGUCUGCACCGUUUACUGUAUAUUCACAGUGGGGGGAAUAGGGGCAGACGACAAAACCAAGCCCUUUUUUUAAACGGCGAAGUGGAAUCUAACAUGUAAAUAACAUCCAGGAGUCAAGGGGGAAUAUCAACAGGUGUGAUGAGACAAAGGAACAAAGGAUGCCUUAGAAGAGAGGCAGAGAGCAAGGCUGGAAUCUGCUUCAAAGCACACCGAAUGGAUCUAUCUCUUCUCCUUGCAUCCAGAUCAUGAUACUUGGCUUAAAGCUUUAAUCAUCUUUAUGAUCCCUCCUCCAUCUAUGGCGAACUAUAGCCAUGCAGGGGACCACAACAUCUUGCAGAAUGUCUCUCCCCUCGCCACAUUCCUCAAACUAACCUCCCUGGGCUUUAUCAUCGGUGUCGGUGUUGUGGGAAACCUCCUGAUCUCCAUCCUGCUGGUCAAAGACAAGAGCCUGCACCGUGCACCCUACUACUUCUUGUUGGACCUGUGCGCCUCAGACAUCCUGCGCUCAGCCAUCUGCUUCCCCUUUGUAUUCACCUCGGUGAAGAACGGUUCGGCGUGGACAUACGGCACCCUCACGUGCAAAGUCAUCGCGUUCCUGGGUGUGCUUUCUUGCUUCCACACAGCCUUCAUGCUGUUCUGUGUCAGUGUGACACGCUACCUUGCUAUCGCACACCACCGCUUCUAUACCAAGCGGCUGACCCUGUGGACGUGCUUGGCUGUGGUGUGCAUGGUGUGGACACUGUCAGUGGCCAUGGCCUUUCCGCCUGUGUUGGACGUGGGCACAUACUCGUUCAUCCGCGAGGAGGACCAGUGCACGUUUCAGCACCGAUCGUUUCGUGCUAAUGACUCGCUGGGCUUUAUGCUGCUGCUUGCCCUGAUCCUCCUGGCCACCCAGCUUGUCUACCUCAAGCUCAUAUUCUUUGUUCACGACCGGCGCAAGAUGAAACCGGUCCAGUUCGUGCCUGCUGUCAGCCAAAACUGGACCUUCCACGGGCCAGGGGCCAGUGGACAAGCAGCGGCUAACUGGCUGGCUGGUUUCGGACGAGGCCCGACGCCUCCAACCUUGCUGGGCAUCCGGCAGAACGGCAAUGCGGCAGGCCGGCGGCGCCUCCUGGUGUUGGAUGAGUUUAAAACUGAGAAGAGGAUAAGCAGAAUGUUCUACGUCAUGACUUUCUUCUUCCUUAGCCUGUGGGGUCCAUACCUAGUGGCAUGCUACUGGAGAGUGUUCGCCCGUGGCCCUGCCGUGCCAGGAGGCUAUCUCACAGCAGCUGUAUGGAUGAGCUUCGCUCAGGCUGCCGUCAAUCCCUUCAUCUGCAUCUUCUCCAACCGUGAGCUCAGACGUUGCUUCAGUACCACACUCCUUUACUGCAGAAAAUCCAGGUUACCCAGGGAACCCUACUGUGUUAUAUGAAGGCUACAUUUUUUUUUUGGGUCUUGGGUAAUUUUUUUGGCUCCCCCUUGGUGGUCAGGGGUACAUCCUUGUUGUAUAGCUCUCAUUUUCUUCAUCUUCUUCAGUAUAACCCCUGUACACAGCCCUGCCCUCACCCUGUAGGCCUGGUGUCAAACUGUCAAUCAAACACACCUCUCAAAGUGAAUCAGUGGCGGAUGUGAAGCUUGAAGGGAAUAAAAUAAUCAGGGAGUGGAGGAACCCCUCCUGUGUUUAUGUUCUAGUAAACAACUGCUGUGGGAAUGCCGUUUUAAAGCAGAUAAGCAAAAAAAAGAAGAGAAAAAAACAACAAAUGGAAAUAAAAGAAAGAAAGAAAAAGGGAAACAUGGAAUCAACAUGUGAUGUUUUUUUAAAUAAUGGACUCAUUUAUUCGCUUUGGAUAAGUUGAAGACUCACGUUGUAUAUGACAGAAUCACUGGAAUGGUUUUGCGUCUAAAAGUUGCACUAAGCUAAAAAAAAAUGAUAACGAUGCUUUUUUCCUGAUUUGCAUUGCAAGGAUGUCUAAUUUUUCCCCCCAAACUGACAUACGAAUGCUUUCUUUUGCAACAGACUACUAAUUUACUGUAAGUAAACAAAACAUGUAAGGUGACAAACUCUAUUGGAAUACACCUUCACAGGAGGAUUAAAUUGGUUUAAAUGUAAGUGAUAUCUUUUUUCAGUUUUUCGGGGACGGAUGGGGAGGGUUCUGGGACUAAAGGGUUACUGAUGUGUGGUUUUCCAAUUACAACUUUAAAUUAUUUCCUGUAGUUUUAUGAUCCAUGCAGUACGUCCUUGUCUGGCAGUAUUCUUUUUCUUAUCUCGGUUUCUAACGGUCGUGAAAUAUUUGGGUUUUAAAAGUUGCUUUUGAGAACCUUGUGCUAAAAUGAACGUGGAGAACCAGUUCAAUGUGUCAUGUCCAUGUUACCCAGCCACUGACAUUGUUCGAGUAUUGCUGAUACCACUCCAGAUGUUCUUGCCUUAAUGGUUCUGAUAUUUGUUAUUUUGGGUCCGAUUUUCAAACGUGCUCCUCUGAAAUGCCUCCAACAAGGAGCAUUUUAUCACUGAAGUAAAGUGCAUGUCCAUUUUAAAAGCAUAUCCACUUUCAUAAGCAUCGACACUGGAAAUGCACCAGAUGCCCCAUUUCUCCUCCUGAAGCAGUUUUGCUGUACACCUACACUCCACUGAGUGCGCAGAGUGCAGGAAGCAGAGAAGCGCUUGCGUGUGUGUUUGUGUGUAAGCUGGACAGCUGUCACGUCAAGACCAGAGCCUUAGUAUAAAAUCUUGCACAAUUUGUAAAAAAUGUAAUGGAAAACAACAACAACAACAAAAAAAAAACAACAACA